AUGAGUAUCCAAGGCCCUCCCCACGCCUGCAUCCCUGCCCUGCUGCCCCCACCACCUGUGCUCCCCGUGAGAAGGUUCCACGUCCCGCCCCACACACCCGGCCCCGCACUGCCCCCAGCCCACGCCCCAGCUCCCGCCAUCCCUCAAAGUGUCAAUACCCGCCCUAAGCCCGCCCUCCAGCCUCCGCCGCCUCCCGCCCCUGGCUUCCUGCCGCCCCCGCCCACACCCGCAGCCCCUGUUCGUCUUCACGGCCCGCCCAAAGUCCAUGUCCGCCCACACGCGCCGCCCAAAGCCCCUGUACUUCCAACCGCGCCGCCCGCAGCCCCUCUCCGCCCACAAGCCCCGCCCAGAUCGCCCACGCCCUUUGUGGCUCCAGCAGGUGAACGCCCAGUGUUUCCAGCAUCGCCCCGCCGCCCUGGUCGCUUGCCCCGACCCCCGCACGCCCGUCCCGUCCCCGCCCACGAGGACAAUGCCAUCCCACCGCGCCGCCACGACAUCCUCAGACCCCCUCCACCCCGCGCCCCAUUCCUGGGACUCUUCGCGCCGCCCCCCGUCAACAGGCGGCGCGGGGAGACGCACCCCGCCCAGGGCCCCGCCCGCUACCAGCUGAGCCUGGGCCCAGAACCCGCCCAGACCCGCCAGGUGGUGGUGCUCGGCCCCUUCCCCCGCCCUCCCCCAGGGGCACCCCCGAUCAGGCUGCCUGACCCAGCUCUGCUGCCCCCGCCUCUGCCCGGAGGCCCCGCCACCGUUACCACCACCACCACUACUGCCGCCACGCCCACACCCGCGUCUGAGGGCAAGAAGGUGGCCAAGCCGCCCGCCAUGCCCAAGAAGGCCGUGGGCAAAAAGAGUGGCGGCGCGGGCGUGGCGGGGCUGGUGAGUGGAGCGGUGAGCGGUCCCGUCAGCAGGCAGGACAAGGAGGCACUAGUGGCGGCGCGGCUCAAGUUCCCCCCAGGCGUGGGCGGCGUGGACAGGGCGGGCGGAGGUCGUCCCCUCAUCCCCGUGCCCGUGCCGCUGGUCAUGCCGCCUCCGCCGCCACGCCCACAGCUGGCGCGUAGGGUGCUGGCGCCCACCAGCACGCCCCCGCCCAACGCCCUCUGGUCUUUGCUGGGUCUCGGGUCACGCCCAAACCCGCCCCCGCCCCGCAACAAGGCUAAGCGUCCCCGCCCUGCCCUGCUGGCCCUGAGCCACAUCCCUGACGCGCCCCUAGACCUGGGGUCUUUCCGGCCGCCCGUGCUGGACGAGGCGUCGUACAGCGGGUGGGUGGCGGUGGGCGGCACGCAGCACCCGCCCAAGGAACCCGUGGUGUCCUACGUGCAGGAGAACACGCCCGAGGUGCCCACCCUCACGCCCACGCAGGAGAAGGUGGAGCGACGCAUGGGCGUGGCGGGCGGCGGGCGUGGGCUGGUCAAGUACACGUCCCGGCUUAACGUGGAGGCGCCGGACGUGGUGAAGAGUUACUGGAUGCAGGCGCCCUCACUCGCCUAG